AUGACAAGUAACAAUACAAAUGAAUCUAUUCCUGAAGAAGUGAAUGUGCAAGUUACAACUACAACUCCAUCAAUUUCUUCAAGUCAACCAAUUGAAAGUAACAAUUCUGAAGAAGUCAAUAGGGUUGAUAAUGAUUCAAUCUUAACAAAAAAGCGGAAAAAAACAUCUCCGGUAUGGAAUGAUUUUGAAGAAAUUGAACUUGCUAAUGGUACAAAGAAAGCAGUGUGUUUGUAUUGUAAGGAAAAAUACUCUACUGGUGGAAAGGGUGCAAGCACUAGCCAUCUUAAGAGGCACUCAGAGAUUUGCCUGCAACGGAAGUUGCAUAUCUCUCGAGAAAAUAAACAAACAACGAUACAAUUUCGGCCGCCUAGUGAAUGUGGUGGUAAUCCCUUUAUUGUUCCUAAUGCUAAAUACUCCAAUGAAAAGAUGAGAGAGAUUAUUGCUAGUGGAAUUAUGGUGCAUGAGCGACCAUUUAGCAUCGUAGAGGAUGACAUGUUCAUGUGGGCUUUUGAAUAUGCAAAUCCAAAUUUUAGAAGAGUCAGUCGUAAAACAACAAGAAGUGAUUGUUUGCAAUUGUAUGAAGCUGAAAAGAAUACUUUGAAAAGGAUUUUGAAUAAUGUGAGUAAGGUUAGCAUUACAACAGACAUGUGGAAGUCAAGUCACCAAGUAGUUGAGUACAUGGUUGUGACAGGUCAUUUUGUUGAUGCAAGUUGGAACCUUCAGAAGAGAGUUUUGAAUUUUGUCAAAGUGCCUCCUCCUCGACGAGGAACAGAUAUAGCAAAUGCUAUUUUCAAGUGUUUGAGAGGAUGGGGCAUUGAGAAUAAAAUAUUCUCAGUAACUGUUGACAAUGCAUCUUACAAUGACUCUUGUGUUAGAAGUUUGAAAGAAAACAUGUCAUUGAGCAGUAAGUUAGUACUUGAUGGUCAACUUUUUCAUGUUAGAUGUUGUGCUCACAUUCUGAAUUUGUUGGUGCAAGAUGGCCUUAACACUAUUAAAGAUGUCAUUCAUAAUGUUCGUGAAAGUGUGAAAUUUAUAAAUUCUUCAGAUGCAAGGCUAAAGUCAUUCCAUGAAGUUGUUGAAUUAAAAGGAUUGAAAGAAAGGAAACUUAUUCUUGAUUGUCCAACAAGAUGGAACUCCACAUUCUUGAUGUUGUGUACUGCAAGUAAAUUUAAGCAUGCAUUUUCAGAUUACAAUGAAAAAGAGCCCCAUUAUAAGUAUGCACCAUCAUUUGAGGAUUGGGACAAGAUUGAGAAGGGUGAAAAAGGUUAUUGA